UGUUAGCUUCCGAGCUUUACACAACGAUCCGGUUGUAACCUGGACACAACUGCCAGGCGGCAACAUUUGUCAAACCAAAACCAAACUUUGCUUACGUUUGGAUUUACUCUCAACUCGUUAACUGUCUUCUUGGUUUCCCUCCACAGAAACCAGCAGGUUAAACUGGUUCAGGCCGGUGUAAACUGGUGCUGUGGUCGCGGUCAGCGUGUUGUUGUUAGCGGAGGUCAGCGUGUCUCCAGCUGAAACCAGCCAGCCGUCCAGAUGCUUUCCCCGGGCAGGACCGUGUCUUCACGGCUGCUCAGGCCGGUCUCGAGGCUUCCUCUGUGGCAGGGCUCUGAUGGGAGAGCCGCCAGCUCCCUGCAGAAAGAGAUGAUAAAGAAAUACGACCUGGACAAAGAUGAGCCCCGCCCCCUCUACAUGGACUUCCAGGCCACCACACCCAUGGACCCCCGGGUGCUGGACGCCAUGUUGCCCUACCAGGUGAAUUACUACGGUAACCCUCACUCCAGAACACAUGCCUACGGCUGGGAGAGUGAGAGCGCCAUGGAGACGGCCAGGAAGCAGGUGGCUGAUCUGAUUGGAGCAGAUCCCAGAGAGAUCAUCUUCACCAGUGGAGCCACCGAGUCCAACAACAUGGCCAUUAAGGGCGUGGCCAGGUUCUACCAGACCAAGAAACGUCAUGUGAUCACCACACAGACGGAGCAUAAAUGUGUUCUGGACUCGUGUCGAGUUCUGGAGUCCGAAGGAUUCAACGUCACCUACCUGCCUGUCCAGAAGAACGGACUGCUGGACCUGGAGAUGUUGGAGGCCUCCAUCCGCCCUGACACAUCUCUGCUGUCAGUGAUGACAGUUAACAAUGAGAUUGGAGUCAAGCAGCCCAUCAAGGAGAUCGGUCAGAUUUGUCGCUCUAAAGGAGUCUUCUUCCACACUGAUGCUGCUCAGGCUGUUGGAAAGAUUCCGAUAAAUGUCACGGACUGGAAGGUUGAUCUGAUGUCCAUUAGCGGCCACAAGAUCUACGGACCCAAAGGUGUGGGCGCUCUGUACGUGCGCCGCCGACCCCGAGUGCGCUUGGAGCCACUGCAGAACGGAGGUGGGCAGGAGAGGGGGCUGCGCUCCGGCACCGUCCCCACCCCACUGGCUGUUGGGCUAGGAGCCGCCUGCGGCAUCGCCCAGCAGGAGAUGGAGUAUGAUCAUGAGAGAAUAUCCAUGCUGGCUAAUCGUCUGGUCAAGAAGAUCAUGUCCGAGCUUCCUGAUGUCAUCAUGAACGGAGAUGCAGAACAACGCUACCCUGGCUGCGUCAACCUGUCCUUUGCCUAUGUGGAGGGAGAGAGUCUGCUGAUGGCGCUGAAGGAUGUUGCUCUGUCGUCUGGGAGUGCAUGUACGUCAGCCUCUCUGGAGCCGUCAUACGUCCUCAGAGCAAUCGGAGCAGAUGAGGACCUGGCUCACUCUUCCAUCAGGUUUGGUAUUGGCAGGUUCACCACAGAAGAAGAGGUGGACUACACCGCAGAGAAAUGUAUCCAGCAGGUCAGCAGGCUCAGAGAGAUGAGUCCUCUGUGGGAGAUGGUCCAAGAGGGCAUCGAUCUGAAAAGCAUCAAGUGGACGCAGCACUAAACUCCUCCCACUUCCUGUUUACUUCCCUCUGACGACGACGACAACGACAAUGAUCAUUUCCCAAGGAGUUCCAGGAAUGCACUAGCUUUUCCUUCCUGUACACAAACACGCACAAACUUCCUGUCCGACUUGAAGUCUGUUUGUAACUGUAGCUCCGUGUCUCUGUAGAAGCUCCUCUUUGUCAGGAGAUGUUGCUCAGAGAGUUGACCAGCGCGUGGCAUCCUCUGCUUGUUGUAUGUCGUUCUGUGACACCUGGUUGCUGUAUCACAAAGACAGUUAAUAUUAGUCUGGCUACUCUUUGGGUUGUCUGGCACCACUUUUAGUUACCUCUGGGUUUACAAAUCAGGUCUGAGCAUGUGCACACAGAUGAGGAGUUCUUAAUUAGAGCUCGUCUCAUGUAACAUCACCACCACAAAGACGUACAUGCUAUCUAUCUACAGUAGAAGAGCUUCUCUCUUUCUGUGCUUUGAUUUUCUCAACAACCGUUCCUCCGAUUGACUUUACACUUGGCGGGUGCGGACUCAAGGAAGUGCAGUGUCAAGUACGAGCUCUUGAGAUCUACAGGACGUAUUUAUUAGUAGUUAGAAGCUUCAAGAAACCUGAGUUAAAAGGCUCUUGUCAGUGUGUUGAGCAGAAACAAAAUAGGAACCGUGAGUGGGCAGUGUUACUUCAGUGAGGCUGCAACUGACAGCUGUUUACUGAGCCGUUUGAAGAUUUAAUGAUUCACAAAUAAUUAUUUUUAGUCAGAACUUUUAUUUGAUGAUUGAGCGACUGUCUCCUGCUCUGGUCACAUGUGAUACACUGUCCUCUCUGUCUCAGAACUCACUCUCACAGUUUUUCUUUCUCUCCUCACGUCAGUAUUUCAGUAUAGGAAUAACAGCAGCAUUGUGUCAGUUCACCAGCAGCAGUGUUCACAGUGUUAGCAGCCACAGUUUGAGUAUGUUGUUAAAUUCUGGAACGCUCUACAAGACUGUAGCCUUGAUUUGACCACAACGGCUAAUUUUUCAAGGCAGUGAAGAGAAAAAACACCUGAAGUCCAGUCUGUCACAUCUGGACUGAAACCAGAGUGUCUAAGCAGGGUUCCCACGGUCAUGGACAACCUGGAAAAGUCAGGGAAUUAUUCAAAAUCAUUUCUUCCAUAGUUAACCCUCCAUGUAAUGUGACAUCAUAGUUGACAUAAUGUAGCUCUGAUAUGCAUCGAUGUGUGACAUUGUUGAGUUUACCAUCGCAUAUGUUUUGUCAUCUUCUCCCUGCGUUCCGUCUCUCCCCUCGUGAGCUAGCUAUCUAGCUGACAUUAUUUUUAAUCAGAGUUUAAAUCUGAUGUGUUUGAAAAACUUAAAUGGGGCAAGAAAAUAAAUUUUAUCAUGUUUGGAAGUUUUGUCCAUUAAAAUGUGUGGGAACCCUGUCUGUGGUUUUUGAUUGGAAACAUGAUCCUGAAAGUCUGAACCCAUUCAUUUGAUAAAUGUGACUCUUCACUGUCUGAGAGGAUUUUUAAAGUCUUGUAUUGUGUUCCUGAAUGUUCCUGUUGCAUUGAUUAGACUCCAGCAUCUACUGUGUAAAACUGUUACUGUCAUAUGCAUUAUUAUCCAAUACAGUGCUGCUUCACGGUUAUGCAAUGAA